UUCAAAGUUUAAAGGUGGGCGUAGAAACAUUUUAGGGCGGGGCUACUCCAAGCAAGCAGCAAAAUGUCUUCAAAGGGUGCAAGAGAUAAACAAGCAGAAUUGACCAGUUGGGUAAAUCGCCAGCUUCGUAGUCAUGGCUAUCAGGAUCAUGUAAUUACAGAUAUAGGGGUGGACCUGGCUGAUGGCAUCACUCUUGUCAGAUUAAUACAAACCAUUACUGGGCAGUUUCUUGGCCAGUAUCAUUCUAAUCCAUUGAUGAGAGGACAAAAACUAGAAAAUAUAAGUUUGUGCCUCAGAAUUCUUCAGCAGUAUGGCUGUCCUGUGUCUGGUUUGCAUGCAGAAGAAAUUGUUGGUGGCAAUAUUAAAGAGAUCCUUUCGUUAAUUAACUCAAUAGUACUACACUUUGAUAAACAGCUACGAUCACAAGGAUCACAUAAUGCAACUGAGAACAAGGGAAAGGGGUCUCCUGUAAUAAGUUCAUUGCAAAGUGAUGACAGGGACUUGUUAAACUGGGUCUCUAAAGUAGUCCAUCACAAUAUUCCAGAUUAUUCAAGUUUUUAUGAUGGAAUCAUACUUUGUGAUCUAAUUAAUUCUGUCAAUAAUAAAGCUAUUGACUACAAUGACUUAGCUAAUUUGUCCAAUAUACAAUGUCUUCAAGUUGCAUUUAGUGCUGCAGAAAUGCAUUUGGGCAUUUCUAGAGGAUCUAUUGAUCUUGCUAAACUAGCCUGUGGUCAAGAAGAUUACAAAUUGAAGACGUAUUUACAACAUUUCAGAAUGAUAUGUGAGCAUGAAGCCAAAAGGAAGUUGAGGAGCUCACUUUUAGGAGCAGAGCAAUCUUCAACAUUGAGUAGGAAGCACUCUUUGCUAAUGAGAGGGCCUGCUACUAUUGGUGCCACAUCUACUUUACCUCACAGGAUAUCUGAGAAUCCUCGUCCAAAGCGAUCAACAUCAGAUGUGUAUCUUAACCUAACAACUGGUUCUGAAUAUGGAAUGAAUGGAAAAAAUUCAGUUAGGCAUACACUAUCAACGGAGCAGCUUAAUGGAGCAACAAGAACCAAGCAAGGUUCAGAUAAUAAUGGGUUUAAACCAGAAAUGCCCAAGGCAGCACCUUAUGCUUCAAGAGUUCAAAGUGGCUCAGCAACACUACCACGCUAUACUGGUAACAGUACAACUGUUGAAAGAUCAUAUUGGUCUGAUAUACCUUUACCGGUUACUAUAUACAGGACUCCAUCUCGAAGUAGCAUACAAAGCACAUCAUCAAGAAGUAGUCUGGAACGACUUACUGAUGAUCACAAUUUUCCAUUGACUCACUUAGCUAACCUCAAUCCUUCUGUAUUGCCAUCUCAUUUGCUUGCAUCUCCCGAGCCUGAGCCUGAUGGAUUAGAAGCAAGCGGAUCAGCAAUACUGAGUUCAUCACUUGAAAACACUGUAAAUGACUUAGAUAACCGCUUGAAAGAUUUGGCUCAAUCCAUUAGUGAAGAAAAGACUAAAUUGGAGCACAAUUUAUUAUGUGCAAUGAAAAAUGAAAAGAAGCAAAGAGAAAUUUUUGAAAAAAGACAUGAAAGGCUUUUUAAGAAAGCGAACUUUAUUACACAACAUUAUGAUGGCUGUUUAGUUGAUCUUGCUAAAGAGAUGGCCUCUAUAAGAAGCACUUUGAAUAAUAUUCAGCAGCAUGUUUUGACUUUGCCAACAAGGGAAGAAUGGGCAAUGCUCAAUAGUGAUGUGAAAGUUUUAAAGCAGCAACUACAAAAUGUAAUAUCUGACCAAACGUCCGACCAGUCUCAACAGCAGCCAUUUCCAUUAGAAUCGCAUCAUUAUCAGCCUACUGACAAACCUGUUCCUGAUAAAAGUAAGAAGAGUCUAUUUUUAAGAAAGAAAUCGGACAAGAAUUAGCAGAAAUGUUGUGUUACUUUUUGAUGGUGUUUAUUAUUCUAAUGGAGAAAUCUAAAUAAUCAAGCUAGCAUAACCCAAUACAGUGCAACAUGACUGAUAAAUUCAUUACUCAUACUUAAUUUUUUAUGUUCUCCUAUUUUUUAUGAAACUAAAAUUUUUAAAUGGA